AUGACGACGGACGACGAGGUGGCGGAGGGCGAUCUUCACGGCCGGGCGAUGCCCGUCCUGGACCAGGACGACGUCGACGCCCUCGCGCGCGCGGUUCAGCCGAUCCUCGACUCGGACGAAGCCGUCCGUCGUUGGUGCACCCGGGCCAACGUCGAGAGAUUCCUGCGCGCCGAUCGCGGCAACCUGGCCAAGGCGACGAAGCGGCUGACGGACACGCUCAAGUGGCGCGUCGCGGAGCGCCCGGAGACGCGCGUGUGCUCCGCGUGCAUCGACAAGGACCUCCGAUCGCACUACAUGAACUUCGUGGGAUGGGAUCGACGCGGCCGAGCCUUGGUGUACAGCGACAUCGGCCUCGCCAAGGACAAGACCCCGAGCACGAACGCCGAGCACUGCAUGCAGGUGCUGGAGCUCCUGGAACCCAACCUGCGGCCGUUCCCGAACGAUCAGUACGUGUGGGUCGUGGACUUUCACCAGUUUAGCGUGUACGACAUGAAUCCCAGCGUCGCCAGCGCGUGCCUCGGGCUGUUUGCUCGAUCGUACCCCGAGAGGCUGGCGGGCAUGAUCAUGGUGGGCGCGCCGAUGCUGUUCAACGGCCUGUACCGCGCGGUGUGCGCUUUCGCGGAUCCCGUGACGGUCAAGAAGGUCCGGUUCGUCGUCGGGCCCGACGGCAAGGGCGGGGGCAAGGCGUUCGAUCCGGUGAUGGACGAGUUCUUUGACGCCGAGACCAAGGCGUGGUUGGCGGCGGAGAUGAUGGAGAACCGUAAGCGGUGGAAGGAGGUCGCCAAGCGCAAGAGCUGGAUGGCGGCGACGUUCGCCGGCAGGGGGUCGACGCACGGGUGGUGGCAGACGCUCCAACCGUCCAAGACCAAGCCGCCGGAGCCGCCGGUGGAGGGCGAGGGCGGUCACGACAUUCGCGGGUGCGAGUCGUUCAGGGCGUGCGACGCUUUUAAAAACGUGGCCCAGGCCGUCAGGUCGAGGGGAGCGCACGGUGCGUUGACCAGCCGACUCGCGGACCUCGCGCCGGAGGGGAUCCCCGAGCCCGAGGAGUAA